AUGGAGUUCGGCUACUGGAACAUUCGCGGUCUGGGGGCGCCGUUCCGCAUGAUCUUCGCGUACAAGGAGAUCAAGUAUGAGGACAAACAGUAUGCAACGUUCGACUCUUGGUUCAAGGGCCGCAAGCCUGCCAUCCUGGAGAUGACUCCGCUCGCGAACCUCCCAUACCUCGUCGACGGUGAGAGGUGCAUAUGCCAGACGAACGCCAUCUUUCUCUACCUAGGAGAGAAGCUCGGUCUAAAUGGCCAGACCGAGGCACAGAAGCUUCGCACCUCCGAGCUGCUUUGCGAGAUCUACGAUGUGCGCAAUGGCAUGAUCGAUCUCUCUUACCCUUCCCAUCAAGUCUGCCGCAGCGAGGAGGAGUACAGAGCGAAGGCCGAGAGCAUCGUGGGCGCACUACCCUUCGGCAAGUUUGAGGCCAUGCUUGCCCUGGAGGACAACGCGUCAGGGGGCAAGUGGUUUGUCCUUGAGGAAGGCCCGGGUGUGGCAGAUUUCCACAUCUGGGAGAUGCUGGACCAGCACAGAGUGCUUGCUGAGAGGAUAGGUUCACCUACCAGCCUGGACAAGUUCCCCAGAUGCAAAGCUUUCCACGAGGCCUUCAGGGCUCUCCCCACCCUUCAGCAGUACUUUGCUUCUGAUGCUUAUGCUUUGGAGAUCAACUACAAGCCUGCCGGCGCCUACUUCCUCUGA